ACAAGCACAUACGACACACGCACAUCGAACAAGUACACUCCACCAAGCAACAACUCAACACAAACCAGCCCUACCAAACAACCACACAUCACCCAACCACCCCCACCCCAACCACAAUGACCCUCCAACCCUUAACCCUCCUCACCUUAACCGGCCUCGCCGCACUACCAGUGAGCAUCGUAUACAUGGUCACAGCCGACCACCGAACGUUUACGCAUGGAACAAUCGCAUCCAACAAUGUCGCGCAAAGAUUCCGGCUGUUUGAACAACGAGCGAAGGACUCGAUGCCCGGAGAUGACGAGGCGCAAAGGGUUCGGGAGAUGAGGAGGAGGAGGGAGGUGAUUCGGGAGAUGAUGGCGAUGGAGUUGAUGUGAUUUUGGAAUGCUCUUUGUUCUGCGAUCGAGAUGGAGGAGUCCGGAGUUGAGUGAUGACUGGGAGGACUGUGAGCAACGAUGUCAAUAAUGAAACCGUCAAAUCGGGAAGAAUAAAACGUCCUCUCUUCUAUCUUU